AUGGCUUACUUUUCAUUUGUAUCCAAUGUUUCCCAAGAAAAAACUCAAUCCUCUUUCCUUUGCCACCAUUCAGGUUUUAGAAAAAAAAGCAAAAGAUUUCUUGAAGAAAAAAUAAUUUUUCUUUCAUUUCUUUUUUCUUUCUUUCAUUUUUUCAUAUUUCUUUUUUUUCAUUCUUUCUUUUUUCCUUCUUUCUUUUUCCUUUAUUACUGUAUUUUUCAAUGUUACAUUCAUCCUAUGACCAAAUUUGAAUCUGUGUACUCAAUUGAACAAACAAAUUUUUCUUUUUUUCUUGCAUUUUCUUUCUCUUUCUUUCUUUAUUUCUUUCUUUAUUUCUUUCUUUCUUUCUUAUUCUUUCUUUUAUUCAUUGGCUCCAAAUUUGGACCAAAAUAUGUGAAACCAAAUUUUCUUUUUCUCUUCCAUUUUCUUUUUUUUUCAUUUCUUUUCUCAUUUCUUUAUUUUAACAUCUUCUUUCUUUCUUUUUCUUCUUUCUUUCUUUUUCUUCUUUCUUUCAUUUUCGUUUUUCUUUCUUUUUCUUCUUUCUUUUUCAUUCAUGAUUCUUUCAUCUUUUUUCUUUCAUUUUUUUCUUUCAUUUUUAUUCUCUCUUUUUUCUUUUAUUUUUUCAUUUUUCUUGAUUUCCUUUAUUUUAUAUUUUCUUUCUUUUCUUUGUUCAAUUUUUUUCAUUUUCUGUUAUUUUUCAUUUUCCUUGUUUCUUUUGUUUUUUUUCAUUUAUUUUUUCCUUCAAUUUCUUUUCUUUCAGUUUUUUUUUUUUCCUGCUUUUUUUUCCCUUCAUUGUUUUUCUUUCUUUCAUUUUUUUCAUUUGUUUUUUCUUUCGUAUUUAUUUUUUCAUUCCUUUCUUUUCUGUUUCUUUCAUUUUCAUCUCCUUCUUUUCUUUCAAUUUUUUUUUUUUUACUGUUUUUAUACUCUUUUAUCUUCUUACACUUAUGA